GAUCUUGCAGCACUUUCAACACGCUUUGAUAAACUAUAAAGACUGGACAUUUUCUAUCAGUGACAGUCAUCAGCUUGUUGUUCUCUCUGUCAGCCAAUCAUCACCUCAGCAAAGAUGGCAUCAGGCUUUCUGUUUGCUUUGUUGCUCUGUUUGUCCAUCGGACUGUCAGCUGCAUCUUGUUAUGGACAAACCUCCUACCCAGGUUCCUGCCCUCCUGGUUGGACUCAGUUCGGCUCUCGCUGUUUCAGUUUCAACAUCCAGGGAAAGAGUUGGAUCGAUGCAGAGAACUUCUGCAACUCUGAUGGUGGGAAUCUGGCUUCAGUCCACUCAGAAGAGGAACAUGAAUUCCUCAGAACCUUCAUUAACCAAGUGACCGGUGCAAACCAAACUUCCUGGAUCGGAGCCUUUGACUCAGUGCAGGAGGGUGUGUGGAUGUGGUCUGAUGGAUCCAUAUUUGACUACAAAAGCUGGGCUUGGGGGCAGCCUGACAACAAAGGUGGAGCGGAGAACUGUCUUCAGAUGAACUACAAGGGAAAGAACUGGAACGACGGGCAGUGCAACAAAAUGUCUCCUUUCUUGUGCUCCAUGAAGCUGUGAGGCCUCCCGCCAUCAUGAUCUCACUACAGCUCAUCUAUAAUCUCUCUCAUUGAUUCACUUUCAGUUUGUUCUGCAGACAGAAACAGCUCUCUGCUGACAGACUCACUUUCACUUGUUUAUUAUCUGAAGAGUUAGAAAACGGUUCACAUUUGAGUUUUAACAUUAGAAGGAAACUGACUCUCUGAGCUGGACAAAAACACAAUCAGUUAUUGGACUUUUAAUAUAGUAAAUAUUAAAAAAUGAAAUACAGAAAACAUUUGAAUACUCUGACAUCUUUUCCAUUUUAGUUUACUGAAUAUUGUCUGUCAGCUCUGUCCAAAGGUAACAACAUCCACCUACCAGACAUGAGUGGUGAUGAUCGUCUCUUCAAAAAUGUCCAACUUGAAAAUAAAAUCCAAAUGUUGUCUGAGCGUUCUGUGAUACAAGACGAGUUUCUGGUGUGUUGGGAUCUUUAUUCAUCUGUUUUCCUUCACUUUAUAAUCAAUAAGCAUUCAAAAAUAAAGACAUAUUGUCACAAACA